AGAGAGAGAGAGAGACGGGAGUGAGAGAGAAAGAUAAUGGAGGAUCCACUUCUGGGCAUCGAUGAUCGACUGGUCGGAGAUAAGGCGAAGAAGAGACAGAGAAAUCGGACCAUCGCUCUGUGUUUGGUUCUGUUCCUCGUCGGAAUUUCAGGUUUCUCCUAUAGGGAAAACUUAACCACUUGGCUGUCCGGACAAGUAACCAAACACGAUCUAAGCCUCGGAACCAAUGUCGGGGACGUGAUCGAGUCGGAAAACGGCGUCGUGGCGGCCGACGAUGGCCGGUGUUCUGAGAUCGGCGCCUCGGUACUCAGAAGAGGUGGCCAUGCGGUGGACGCAGCCGUCGCCACCUCCUUAUGUCUCGGUGUGGUCAACCCAAUGGCCAGUGGAAUCGGCGGCGGGGCCUUCAUGAUCGUCGCCUCACCGACCGACUCGAAAGCUCAGGCCUUCGACAUGAGAGAAACCGCCCCAUUGACUGCUUCAAAGGAUAUGUACAAGAACGAUGAAAACGCGAAAUCAAACGGAGCAUUGUCGGUAGGAGUGCCUGGGGAGAUUGCCGGUCUUUACAAAGCGUGGAGACAGUACGGACGUUCCACCUGGAAAUCGCUCUUUCAGCCGGCUAUUGAACUCGCCCGAGAUGGUUUCAUCGUGGCUCCAUAUCUCGACAAUGCCAUUUCGAGCCACUCUUCCAAGAUCAUGAAUGACCCGGGCCUUCGAAAGGUCUUUGCCCCGAAAGGGAGAGUGCUUAGAGCAGGAGAGACUUGCUACAACAAAGAACUGGCUAAGAGCUUGGAGGCUGUGGCGGAGAAUGGUCCCCUGGCGUUUUAUCAUGGGCCGGUGGGCGAGAAGCUGGUCGGGGACGUGAGGAAGGCUGGAGGGAUCAUCACGAUGGAAGAUUUGCGGAGUUAUGAGGUCGGAAUCACAGAUGCUAUGGCUGCGGAUGCAAUGGGUUUCACCAUACACGGAAUGCCUCCUCCUUCUAGUGGAACUGUUGGAUUCACCAUGAUUCUGAAUAUAUUGGACAGCUACACGAAGCUUUACGCUGCCGACAGGAAUCUCGGUCUGCAUCGUCUGGUAGAAGCCAUGAAACAUAUGUUUGCAGCUCGGAUGGAUCUCGGGGACCCUGCGUUUGUAAACACGACGAAUGCUGUUAACCGGAUGCUCUCAAGGUCUCAUGCCAAUGAAAUCCAGAAGAAAAUAUUUGAUAACACGACGUUCCCACCGGAAUAUUACUUCUACAGAUGGAACCAGCUCCGGGACCAUGGGACAAGUCAUUUCUCUAUCGUGGAUUCAGAUAGGAACACGGUGUCGAUGACAACCUCGGUGAAUUAUGUAUUCGGGUCAGGGUUUCUGUCACCCUCCACUGGUAUUAUACUCAAUAAUGAGAUGGAUGAUUUCUCUGUGCCCACGGAGAAAACUCCCGACAAGCUACCUCCAGCACCUGCAAAUUUCAUCGAACCGAACAAGAGGCCUUUGUCUUCCAUGACCCCUCUCGUAAUCACAAAGGAUGGUCAGCUGGUUGCGGCUCUUGGUGGGAGCGGUGGUAUGAAUAUUAUACCGGCAGUGGUCCAAGUAUUCCUUAACUGCUUUGUCUUGGGGAUGAAACCUCGCGAUGCUGUCCAGAGCUCUCGAGUCUACCACCGUCUAAUACCGAAUGUGGUGAAAUACGAGGACUUGACCGUGAUCAAUGGAGAUCACAUAGAGCUUGCCGAAGACAGUAAGAUGUUCUUGGAAGAAAGGGGCCAUGAACUAGAGAACAUAGCAGCAGGAGCCAUAGUUCAGCUUGUCGUUCAAAGCUUUGAGGAAGAACACAUUGAUAGGGGAAGGAAAGACGGAAAAGAUUCUAAGAAAGGGAAUCUAUUAAAGGGCAUUCUCACAGCAGUCAGUGAUCCCCGGAAGGAUGGGAAACCAGCCGCUGUGUGACAUAAUCGAACCAUCAAAUUCAUAAUGAUAGAACUGUAAAUAUACACUGUUAUUUUCUUCUUCAUUGUCUGAUCCAUCGAAUAGAACUGUCAAUCUUGUGAAGUUCAAAUCCACAAGAUGAUAAUAGGAAAA